AUGGGCGAGGGCCUCAAGGCGAGGCUGUUCGAUGUCGUCAAGGCGUGUGGAAUCUCCGGCAAUCUCUUCAAAUGCCGCGAGGCGCAUCGCGAGAUGCUGGCCACGGAUUACUGCCGCGAUCGAUUCUUCGCGAAUUUGCUUGUGGAGAUGUAUGGCAAGUGUGGAUCCGUGGGCGAGGCGGCGGCGGUCUUCUCCACGAUUGAUCGCCCCAAUGUCUACUCCUGGAACAUCCUUCUCUCGGCAUUUGCCCGCAAUGGUCAUCUGGAAGGGGCGCGGCGGACAUUCGAUGGCGCCACCGCCAGGAACGUGAUCACCUGGAGCGAGAUGAUCACAGCCUACUGCUCCCAUUCCAAGAUCCACGAGGCGCUGGGGAUGUUCCACCGGAUCCCCCAGCGAAACAUCGUCGCCUGGACAGCGAUCCUCCAGGGAUGUGCCAAAGCCGGGCGAUUGGCCGAUUCCGAGCGCGUCUUCUACUCGAUCCCCCACAGCGAGUGCGAUGUCAUCACUCUCACGGCGAUGUUCACGGCUUACGCGAGCGGCGGCCAGAUCGAUCGAGCGCGCGCCAUGUUUGACGCGAUCGCGAUUCCGGAGAGGGAUAUCACGGCCUGGAACGCGAUGAUCCACGCUUACGUUCAGAAUGGCAUGGCGAUGGAGGGCCAGGAUCUCUUCCACGCCAUGCCCAAAAGAGAUAGAUUCUCUUGGAGCCUCAUUGUGUCGGGAUGCUCGCAAUUAGAUACCGUUAGGGCAACCGAAUACUAUGCCAAAAUGCCACAUCGUGACAUAGUCUCUGGAAACGCGAUACUUACCGCAAAUGCCGAGUUAGGGCAUGUGUUACUCGCAAGAGAUACCUUUAACUCCAUGCCCGCUAGAGACGAUGUAACGUGGAAUAGCAUAAUUACCACGUAUGCCAAGUCUCGCCAAAGUCACACAGCAAAGUUACUGUUUAACAAAAUGCCCUGUUGGCAUGUUGUGUCGUGGAACUCGCUAAUAACAGGAUAUACCCUGGAAGGGCAUUUGCUGGACGCUCGCGAGCUCUUCGAUAUUCUGCCCAUCAAGGACGUGGCGGCGUGGUCGAAUAUCCUUCAAGGAUACGCCCACGCCGGGCGAUUCACCGAGGUUUUAGGGCUCUUCCGGGGGAUGGAUCUCGAGGGCACCGCUUCAGACGAGAUCAGCUUCCUUGUAGUGCUCAGCGCUUGCGCCCACGCCGGCCUGAUCCACGAGUGCUGGCGCUACUUCACAUCGGUGGAGGAGGAUCGGGGAUUGCGCCACACGCUGGAGCAUUUCGGGUGUAUGAUCGAUGUGCUUGGCAGAAUGGGGCAUCUGGACGACGCCGCGGAGCUCAUCGCCGCCAUGCCCUUUGUUCCUGGGGACAUCGAGUGGACAUCGCUGCUCAGCGCUUGCCGCGUCCACGGCGAUGUUGAUCUGGGAGCGCGAUGUGCGGUCCAAUCCUCGGAUUGCGAUCCCGAGCAAGCGACGCCUUACGUGCUCCUCUCCAACGCCUUCUGCCCGGAGUGA